CCCGGGUUAUUGAAACUGAUCUAGGAUCAAAAGUAACUUACUUUCUUCCCACGGUCGGUAGCGUAUCCAGAAUAUUUUCAACUCUUUACAUGGAUUAUGAUGACUUUCUUAUAGCCUGGAGUUGUGAUGACUAUGGAAAUUAUCACAUUGAAAAAUCCUGGGUGUUUUCAAGAGAACCAGCACAGCCUCAUAACAUUGAAAAGGUGAAAUGCGAUGUAUUUGCUAAAUUCAAUCUUACUAAACCGAAGAUGAUUAGAAGCAAAUUUGCAAACUGUGAUUCAAUCUUCUGUUCUUAUGAUUUUUCCUAAAUUUACUUUAUUCAUAAUAUUUAAUGUAUGUAAUUUUUCAAUAAUAAAAUACUGGACUAUUUGUGUAUUCAUUAUGUUUCAAUUUUUUUAAACCUUCAAUCCUAUUCAUUUUUCUGUAAGCACGAUGAAAAUAUUUCUACUGGCAACAACUAGCAAGGGGUGUUGAACAACAAGUGAAUAUCUUUUUAUCGUCCUGGUCUCUAGAAGUCAAGGGUAAAAGCUUCGACGUCCCAUGACAUUUUCUCAAAUGUGAUCCAUAAACUAUUGCUUAAAAAAGUCCCUGGAGCUUAAGCUAAAAUAAGAAUAAGUUUAAGAAGUUAAAUUAAGGACGUAAAAACUUACGGCUAUUUUAUUGUUCAUUUCAAUUAUAUAUUUUACUGCUAAAUAAAGGAAGAACUUAAACCGGCUAAAAAUGGUCCAUCAAGCUGUUAGUUAUCUGACAGUUAAAGUAAUUUAACACCCGAGGAGUCUUUAAAAAAUACAAGAAGAGCAUUUAUUUCAGUAGAAAAGAUGGACAAUGAUGUAAACUCUUCUUAUUUAUUCGGAGUUGAUGAAACAUGGGGAGAAAGAGAGUUUUUCACGUAUUACAGCGAAUUUAGCGAUCGAAAAGGAGCGAGUGCUGUUGAGGUAAUCAUACUGGCGAUAACAUUUGUCGUAGCAGUGGUAGCAAAUUUUGGGAUAGCGGCAUGUGUGUUAUUGUACAAGGAAAUGCGUACACCGACAAACCUCUGUCUGGUUAAUUUGGCUGCAGCUGAUUUACUGUUUGCAUUAGGAGUACCAGCCGUCGCUUACACACGUCUCACACAAUCUUGGCUUCUUGGUGAUACCGUUUGUCGUCUACUCCCUUAUUCACAAUUCGUAUGUGGGUUCGUGUUAUUGUGGACAUUGACACUGAUAUCGAUGGACCGGCACAGAUGUUUAGCAGUAGUGCCUUACAGAAGUGCUUUGACAACAGGCCGAGUACUGGCAGCGAGUUUUAUGACAUGGUUUAUUGGUUCAUUGAUAUUUUUACCAGUUGUAUUCUGGUUUCAACAAAAGGUGAUAAAGGAGUUCACUAUUUGCACGCUAAUAUUCCCAACAAAUGAAAUUGUAAACGUAUCACUUUGCUUUACCAUUCCGAUAAUAAUAAUUGCGUGUUUAUUACCGAUGUGCUUACUGGUUUACCAUUACCAAAGAAUAUUUCAAAAGAUUAUUGACACAAGGAGUAGGUGGGCCGUUUCAUGUGUCACUCAGGGUCAAGAUCCAAUGAGACGUGACUCAGAGCUGUCAAUAGUCGGAACGUUGGUUCCUUGGGCAGGAAGAAAAUCAUCAGCGGCCUCGGUAUCAAGCCGACAAGGCCGCGCCGGGAGUUUAUCUCAGCACGAAGAAAUACGACUGCACAAACAUUUAAGAGUAGUGCGAAUUCUCCUGGUUAACGUGUUUGCCAUAUUAAUAAUGUGGUUGCCAAUAACACUAAUAAUGCUGUUAUUAUAUUUGGACAGUCGUCGACCACCAAGUGAUACCACCGAUUACUUUCUCCGGUCGCGUCAUUUUAUCUGGGCACUAAUAAUAGCCCAGUUAAACACCGUAAUAAAUCCACUAUUAUACGGAGUAUUGUCCGAGAACUUUCGAGCGUGCUUCGCUAAAAUGUGUCGGCGUAAUAAUGGAACAGGAAGUGAACGACCGAGUGCCGGUGGUAUUGUAGUACCAGGUGGCAAUAGUUCCUGUGCUAACAAUUUUAAUUCACGUAAAAAUUCUAAAUCCCUUGAAAUAAUUCAAAACCGUUUGCGUACGCGCAGUAAUAACAGUUUUAAGAAUAUUAAAGUACAAUCGAAGAAAAGUUCCAGUAGUAUUGGAAGUAUUAUUGAAGCUACGGAGAAAAUUUAAUAUUUUUUUUUUAUGUAAGUAGUAGAAGCAUGCAAGACUUAAGGACUAACACUGUAUUUUUCUUUCUUUCGGACGGAAAAUAAAAUUUAGAGUCAAGUGUGCGCACUUAUACAGAAAAAAAGGUUC